UUCCAAUUGUGCCACGUCUCAACCCUAAAAAAGCCUUGUUGGCGUCAUAUUAGUUUCUUCCAAUUGGUCUCCUAGCAUAAACCAUCUUCUCUCCGCCGCUCUGUUUCUUCUUCAGAGCCUAAAACACCAUAUCUUAGGGUCUCUCCUGCGUCAGCUGCAAUGGGAAAGGGAACAGGGAGUUUUGGUAAAAGAAGGAACAAAACCCACACUCUCUGCGUGAGAUGUGGCCGCCGUAGCUUCCAUCUCCAGAAGAGCCGUUGCGCUGCCUGUGGUUUCCCUGCUGCCCGUAAGAGGAAAUAUAACUGGAGUGUGAAGGCAAUCCGUAGAAAGACCACUGGAACCGGUAGGAUGAGGUACCUCCGCCAUGUCCCUCGUAGGUUCAAGAGUGGUUUCAGAGAAGGUACUCAAGCAGCACCGAGGAAGGUCGCAGCAGCUUCUGCAUAAGGUGUUAUGAGGUUGUUUUGGUUGAUUCUUUCUUUGUUAGGAAAAGUUUUACGGGAACAUUACUUGAGGAGUGUCAUUAGUACAUUGGAUGCUUUUGUUGUUUUUAGUUUCUUUUUUUAUGUAGUUGCUUUAAAUUUUGAACAAGGAUGGAUUAGGCCAUUGUUGUUUGACCCUUGAUUACCUGAAGAAUUUUUUUGAUGAUGUUUAGUCAUGUUCUUGUUUUGGUUAUGAUGCCCUUAGUCUUGUCCAAGAUAAUUGAAAAUUUUUAGACAUGGUGUUUUCGUAUCAUCAUCAUCAUCAUCGGAAUUGUUGCUUGAAUAUGGGUUCAUUGGGUCAUCCUAAUCUUAGAUGAGAUGGUUGAAGAGUUUGAUACAAUCUGUUUUCAGUUGAUACUAAAGUGUAGAUACUCUUGGUUCUGUCUACCAUACAACAUAGAGAGCGGAGGCCAUUAAGAUCUGAGUUAUCAGUAGUAUUUAUCAAUAGUUAUUCUGUGUUUUUCUUUGAGGCCUCUUACAUUCUGUGCUUGUUGCUGAUAAAAUUACUUCUUGGGUCAAUAACCAGUCGGCAAGUAUCACGUUGUUGAUCCGUCAUUCCUGUGUUUUUUCUUUUUUUUUUUUUUUUUUUUUUGUUCAUAGGAAGACAACCUUUACAAUGUGGGGAAAAGGGAUGACGAGAUUAGAACUUACGACCACAUGCCUUCAUUAAAGUCACUUAGCCAUUAGGUCAAUAACAAAUUGAAAAAAUUAGGAUCCUUUUUUUUUUUCUUUCUUUGAGGACUGUUUUAUUCAAGUCCAGUGAUUUUUGCCAAUCCCACAUAUAUCUUCUAUAAUUUAAGGCAACAGAGAGGAUAUUGUGUCUCCAUUAGGCACUCCCUUUAGCA